AUGGAUUUUCCUCGAUUGGUUAGGUCUAACAAGGAGCGUGAACAACAUUGCGGCCAUUUGUUGGAAAGGUGCCUUCGGUCACGGUGCGUACGUUGGUGGCGUUGCUUGGGUCCGGCGUCCAUCGCCCCGCAGCACGUGCUGAAGGUCUUCAGCUAUGCGAUGGCCGUUUGCCGACAGAUGGAAAAGGACCGGAGGGUUUGA